AUGAACCUGUGCUUCCUCGUCGCCGACACGCUGCAGAAGCUCGCCGUCCUCUUCCUCCUCUUCCUCACCUCCCGCCUUUCCUCUUCUCACUUCCUCGGCUUCGACUGGAGCAUCACGCUCUUCUCCCUCUCCAUGCUCCCCAACACGCUCGUCAUGGGCAUCCCGCUGCUCCGCGGCAUGUACGGCGGCGGAGCCGCGUCCUCGUCCUCCGCCUCCACCGGCCUUGGCGCACUCAUGGUCCAGUACCGCGCCAUGCGCGCUUCGUUGCUCGACCAGUUCCCCAGACGGUGCUGCCGUCUCCAUCGUCUCCUUCGCGCCGACUCCCAUCGUCGUCUCGCUUCCGCCAGGCGAGAUCGAGCUUCGAGGCCGACGCCGUCCCAUCGCCGCCAGCGCCUCCUCAUGGCGCGGCGACACACCGGACAAAAAUCUGGGUCACCGUCGCGCAAAUCCACCAGCUCACGCUCCGAGGCGGCGUGCUCGCCUCCCACUCCCACUCGCAGUCCAUGCAGCCCCGGGUCUCCAACCUCUCCGGCGUCGAGAUCUACUCGCUACAGUCGUCGUCGCAAGCGCAACCCACCUCAGCUCUCCAGCUUCAACCACGCCGACUUCUUCAACAUCGUCGGCGCCGGUGCCAAGGGAGGAGGAGGAGCGGCGGCGGCGGGGGACGAGGAGAAGGGUGCUGGCGGGCACUCGCCGCAGCCGCAGGCCGUGGCCAUGGCGGCCAAGAGGAAGGAUCUGCACAUGCUCGUCUGGAGCUCCAGCGCCGCCGUGCACGUCUUCGGGUCCGGGGCCGACGACCAUGCCGACGUCCUCGCCAAAGGUAACUUUUUUUUCCAGUCACCACUUGCACUUGGUGUGACGAUAUUGCCCUUGAUGAAUAAAAAUCAACAAAAAUAA